GUUUCCAAAAUAUGUACCAUCCGAAGGAUUUGGAAGAAUCGUUUCAACCAACCUGGAAAUGUCAUCGGAGACGGCGAGUAAUUUGCCGGCGUCAGAUGUCACCGGCCUAAAUUUCAAGGAAACGGAGCUGACGUUAGCUUUACCAGGAGAUUCUCGUGCUGAGACGACAUCAAAGAACAACAGUAAGAGAGCAUUCUCUGAAACCGUGGAUCUGAAUCUCGGGAGCGCUAACAGAGAUAAAUCAAUAACCGAUCCCUCCGGUGCCGGAAAACCACCGGCUGAGAAGGCACAGGUGGUUGGAUGGCCGCCGGUGAGAUCGUUCAGGAAGAACGUGUUGAAAAGCUGCACAUACGUGAAGGUAGCAGUAGACGGAGCACCGUAUCUACGGAAGAUAGACUUGGAAUUGUACUCCAGCUAUGAACAGCUCUUGAGCGCUUUGGAGAAGAUGUUCAGCUGCUUCACCAUCUGUAAUUAUGAAAAUGAGAGGAAGCUUGUGGAUCCUGUUAAUGGAACUGAAUACGUUCCUACUUAUGAAGAUAAAGAUGGUGAUUGGAUGUUAGUCGGAGACGUUCCUUGGAAAAUGUUCAUCGCUUCAUGCAAGAGGAUUCGAUUGAUGAAAAGUACAGAAGCAAUUGGAUUAGAACCAAAAACGCCUUCGAAAUGCACAAGCACAAGCUAAGGAAGAAGUUACAUGGAAGGCCCCUUUUGAUUGAUAAGAACACUUUUAUGUACAGAGACUUUAUAUUAACACCCCCCCCCCCCCCUUGUGUUGUUUGAUCUUAUUUUCUUGGGGAGUUUUGAUAAUCUAAUGGGAGUAGUAGAGUAAUAAGAGAGACCUGCCUUGUUAAUUAUACACCUUAAAAUACUGGUGCAGUUAUAUAUACUUUAGUCCUCGGCUUUUUAAGUUUGAAAAUUUAAUGAUAUACUUCUGAUACUCA